AUGCUCAGCUCUGGCCUCUGCUCACUCAACGCGCCGUUGACGAAGAGGCCGGUUGUUGUUGUUGUUUUGGCUCCGCCCACUUUCCAUGCCAGAUGCCCUUCGGACGUCGCGUCAAUCCAAUCCUCUCUUCUCGUCGUUCCGUUUCUGCGCUCCCUUCGCCUUGUUUUAUUCCUUCCACUGGCCCCCCAACAACCUUAAGAAAAAUUAUUUUCGAGUUGACUUUGAAUUAAAAAAAGGUCUCCGGAGCGGCUUGUUUUGAAAAAUCAAAAUAUCAUUUUAAUUAGGGGUGAAAUUGAUUUUCAACCCUAAAUAACAGCUAGAAAAGUUAUCUGGCUCGUAUUUCGAGAAUUUUAUUGGCGGUAAUGAAUAAGAAAUGCUCAUUUUUCCAAAAUUCAAAAAAAAGCUUGGAUUCCACAAUAAAACAAGAUUUCAGACCAAGAAGUAGAAACUUUUUGCAGUUGAAAUCAAAGAUAUUUUCAAAAAGUCAUGUAAAACUACUUUACGGCUCAAUACUCUUCCAUAUUAAAUAUUCUCUUUUGACAGUCCCCAACUUUAUUGUUUUAUCCACUUUAUCUAAUGUAUUAAUCAAUCCUAGUAAAUCAUACAAAUUUUUUGAAAAAAAAUCACAAAAAAAGUAAAAAAAUUGAACGGCGCGAACUGAGAACACAAAAAAACUACCAUCGAUUGGUUACAGCGUUGGCCGUGCAAAAAAAAAUUCACUUUUCUUGCCUCUUUAGCGCGAACAAAUGUAACAAACAAACUUGUGGCUCACUAAAUUACCUUUUGCAAAAUCAAUAAAAAAAUAAUUCACAAAAUAUCCUCUUUUUCUGCGAGCUGUCUCCUCGAAUUACGUUUUAAGUGAAGAAAAAAAUAAUUUUUUUCCAGAUCAUCUAACUUCAAAAUGGCCCUGACUCUUUCCGACCUUCCCAAGUUCAUCUGCGCUGUUAUUCUCCCGGUAAGUACCACUUGAAAAACUUCUUUUGAGUGAAAAUUAGUGCGAUGUGUAACGUGAAAUAGAAGAAUAAAGCUUCGAUUUGAAUGGAUAUUAUUCUGCAUAAUGAAAAAAAUGAACUGUUUUUCUUACACUAUAUACACUAGUUGAUACAUAACUCAGUUUAUCAUAAGUUUUCAGCCGAUUGGAGUUUUCCUGGAAAAAGGCUGUAGCUACCACCUGGCCAUCAAUAUCCUGCUGACGCUUCUCGGCUUCAUCCCUGGAAUCAUUCACGCCUGCUACGUCAUUUUGGCCUAUUGA